AAUGUGCAUUUUUGCUACAGUCGUCGAGAAACACAUACAUCGGGGACGAGGGCAUGCGAGGGGUGUCGGGUGGGGAGCGCCGGCGAGUGUCCAUCGGGGUGGGCAUCAUCCACGGGCCAGCACUGCUGUUCCUGGACGAGCCCACCUCGGGGCUGGAUUCUACCAGUGCCCACAGCGUGAUCGAGCGGGUACACCACAUUGCGCGCGCUGGGAGCACCGUCAUCCUCACCAUCCACCAGCCAUCAUACCGCAUCCAGAUGUUGCUGGACCAUCUCAUCAUCCUGGCCCGCGGCCAGCUCAUGUUCAUCGGGGCCCCCAAGGACGUUGCUGGCCACCUCGGCCGCAUGGGACGCAAGGUCCCUAUGGGCGAGAAUUCCAUCGAGCACCUUUUGGACGUCAUUCAAGAGUACGACCAGUCCGAAGUCGGAGUCACGGCGCUGGCUGAGUUCUGCCUCACGGGGCUCAAGCCGCCGCGUGUCUCUAGCAAGGAAGACCAGCACUCAGUCUCCACGGUCCAACCCACGCCAGUCCUGGCAGGGCGAGGAGGGGCCUUGGGUGCCGGUGAGCGGUCGGGUAAGAAGCAGAGCGGGAUGGAAGAGUUCGAUCAUAGCGUGAGGAGCCCUUGGGCUUCCUCCAGGUCCCCAUGGAGCGGCAGCCACAGCGGCAUCAUGGAGACGGUCAAAUUUCCGCCCUCUCGCCAUCGAAGGGAUUAUCAUCCCCAAAGGAGAUCCAACAACCCUCCAAGCCUGUCUCCGGGGUAUUAUACAUACUCGAAUGAGAUUCUGUCCGGCACGCCGACACCCCACAGUAGUGACUACACGGUGAAUGAGGAUGACUACUUGACCCCAAACAUGCUAGGGUGCUCGCCCUCCGAACAUGUUGGUCUUAUGGGACUUGGCCCCAAGUUUGCCAACUCGUACAUGGUGGAGGUGUGGGUGCUAAUGCGACGCAACUUCACCAACAUCAGGCGCACCCCGGAGCUAUUCUUGUCCCGACAAAUGGUGCUAACAGUGAUGGGGUUCAUGAUGGCCACCAUGUUCCUACACCCCAAGGACAGCCCUCAGGGCAUCACUAAUCGCCUCAGCUUCUUCAUCUUCACCGUUUGCCUCUUUUUCUUCUCAUCCAAUGAUGCUGUUCCGGCAUUCAUCCAGGAGCGCUUCAUCUUCAUUCGCGAGACCUCUCACAAUACCUACCGUGCUUCUUCUUACACCAUUGCUGGCCUCGUCACCUACCUCCCCUUCCUCCUCGUCCAAGCUGCCACUUACGCCAUCAUUGUUUGGUUUGCCCUCAGCCUUCAUGGCAGCUUCCAUUACUUCUUACUCGUGCUUUACGUCUCGUUGCUUGCCACCAACUCCUUCGUCGUCUUCAUUAGUUCUAUCGUCCCCAACUUCAUCCUUGGCUAUGCCACCGUUAUUGCACUCACUGCCCUCUUCUUUCUCUUCUGUGGCUACUUCCUUAGCAGCCACUCCAUCCCGCGAGGGUGGAAGUGGAUGAACACCAUCUCCACCAUGAAAUACCCUUACGAGGGCUUGCUGAUGAACGAGUUUGUCAAGGACGACAACUUCAUGACGGAUCCCUUAACAGGGCGCCCAGUGACGGGAGAGGACAUCCUACGCCAAAUGUCCCUUAGCUUGGAGGAGUCGGCCAAGUGGAAAAUGGUGCUUUGCCUCUUGGGGUGGGCGGUGUUCUAUCGCAUCCUCUUCUACCUCAUCCUUCGAUUUGCAUCCAAGAAUCAGAGAUCAUAGCAUGCUAAUAUGAUGAUGACGAUGACGAUGACGACGUCGAUGAUUACUCAAGUACAUAUGCAAUCUACCUACAUAUAUAAUUUAUUUGAUAUGUUUGAUCAAUAUUGCCAACAACGGCCCACAAGCACUACUAAUUGUCAAUUUCUCUUCGUUUAUUUAAUACA